AUGCACAGCGCGGCUAUGGGUGGUGGAGGCCUCUUCGGAUGCUCGUCGGCUGGUCACAGCGGCAUCAAUCAGCUGGGCGGGGUCUACGUCAACGGACGACCGCUGCCGGACUCGACUCGGCAAAAGAUCGUGGAACUAGCCCACUCCGGAGCUAGACCCUGCGACAUCAGCCGCAUCCUGCAGGUCUCCAACGGCUGUGUCUCCAAAAUACUAGGCAGAUAUUACGAGACGGGGUCGAUAAAGCCACGCGCGAUUGGUGGGUCCAAGCCCCGGGUGGCGACCACUCCAGUUGUCCAGAAGAUAGCCGACUACAAGCGGGAGUGCCCCUCGAUCUUCGCCUGGGAGAUCAGGGACCGCCUGCUCAGCGAAAACGUGUGCAAUAACGACAACAUACCCAGUUCCCACAUUAUCGAUGCGGAGGUAUUCAGAGGUACAGCUGGGGCACGCACCAGAGGAGUCCCCUCCGUCACGCAAUCUUACUCACAGUUAAUCGCCAAUGACUCCCACGUGUUUAUAAUUAUUUAUAUCAGAGGGGAUCGUUUAGAAUUUUGA